UUAAAUAUCGGAAUUCAAAAGGUUUCUCAAUUGACUCCAACACAAAAUGUGCAAAACUCCGUGUGGUGACCUUCGAUGUGCUUUAUAUGGAGGACCUGUGAUACAUGAAGGUGUUUGCAAUCCGACAAUUAUCAAGACUGAAGUGAAAUAUAUGGAAUGUUGCAAUACUGAUGUUGUUCGGCAAGUCAAUAAUAUCAUAACAGGACCAAUGCAUAUACGAGUCAUGAAUUUCUGUCCACAAAAACUCACAGAAUGUCAAGCUGGAUAUUUUGAUCCACCCCAAUGUUCUAUCACUUUUUAG